AUGUCCCAUUUUAUCGUCUCGGAACCGCCGACCUCUUUAUCUGGCUUUCUUUGUGCCACUGUACUCCAAUCUUUCUUGUUAUCGUUCCUGCCGCUUGCCUUUCCCGCCCAGAUGAAGCUAGUAAUUAUCGGAGACGGUGCUUGCGGCAAAACCAGUCUUCUCAGCGUGUUUACGUUAGGAUACUUCCCCACUCGUUACGUUCCCACGGUAUUUGAGAACUACGUCACGGAUUGCCGUGUUGAUGGUAAAUCAGUUCAGCUAGCCCUGUGGGAUACCGCGGGUCAAGAAGACUACGAACGACUCCGCCCGCUCGCCUACUCCAAAGCCCACGUGAUCCUCAUCGGCUUCUCCGUCGACUCGCCCGACUCCCUCGAAAACGUAAAACACAAGUGGGCAGAAGAGGCCCGCGAACGCUGCCCUAACGUACCUAUUAUCCUCGUCGGCCUCAAGAAGGACCUUCGUGAUGAUCCUCUGGCCAUUGAGGAGAUGCGCAAGAAGUCCCUCAAAUUUACAUCAACUAAAGUGGGCAACGACAUGAAGGAAGAAAUUGGCGCGCGAAAAUACCUCGAGUGCUCUUCCCUGACAGGCGAUGGCGUGGACGACGUCUUCGAAGCCGCUACCCGUGCCGCGCUGCUAUCCGUGGACAAAAGCGAGGGAGGCGGCUGCUGCAUUAUUCUGUGA